GCUAGCGAUGACGUUUUAAUACAUUGUUUUUGUUUGCAUGUUUUUAAUAUCGGUUUCACUUUAAAUCGUUUUGCUGCAAACAAUUUGCGUCUCAGUGAAUUAUGACGAAGAAAGAAUCGAAGGAUGAUGGAGCUGCGGCUGCCGGAAAACCGAAAACGUCUGCCUUGACCAUAUCACAAAUUAAUGCCGACAAAUUGACAUUGCUCGCCAAUCAGUACUGGGCCCCACAAACUAUUGACAGCCAUCAGCCGUACAAUGCAAAAAUUAUCGACGACAUCUACAAAGAGAUCAGCAAAUCGGACUUUUCCAUCCGUCGGAUUAUGAUGCUGGAGUUUAGCCAGUAUCUGGAGAACUAUUUGUGGCCCAAUUACAACCACACCGAUUCGACUCACGCACACAUGAUGUCCAUUGUCGUUAUGCUAAAUGAGAAAUUUCGCGAAAGAGUCGACGCUUGGGCUGUGUUUAAUUCGAAUCCGGCGGAAUUUCCCAAUUUUUUCCAAAAAGUUCUCGAAGCUUGUCUUUGGAAGAAACCGCUAACGAGUAUUGGAUACCUACGCGAACAGACUGCAUUGCUGUUGUUUUUGAACCAUUGCUUCAACAGCCUCGAAGUACCGUUAUGCCGAGAUCAGGCGAAGCGAUUAGUCUCGUUGUCAAUGUGGGCUUGUUUGCAACCGAAACGUCGUGAACAGGAACUGAAAGCAUUUCCGGAAUGGAGAAAAUUGUGGAAAAAAUUACAGAAGCGAGACAAGCCCGAAAUGAAAGAAAAACUGGAAUGGGAACGACACUUCUUGCAGCGAUUGAUGGUGAAAUUUAUGGAAAUUCUCGAAUCAAUAUCCGAAGAUGAUGUUGUCGCCGACGAAACGGUUCGCUAUUGUGAACGUUUCUUGGAGUUUUUGAUCGACUUAGAGGCUUUGUUGCCGACACGCCGUUUCUUCAAUACAGUCAUGGAUGACUGUCAUUUGGUCGUUCGCUGCUCCCUGGCACCGUUAACCAAGAGGGAAGAGGGAAAGCUAUUUUCUCAGCUUCUGGAAAUGCUUAGAUUCUAUUCUCGGUUUGAGAUCAAUGAUGAAUCUGGUGACGCACUUACUGACCAUGAUAUGACACAAAUUCACUAUUCGAAAAUUAUAUCACUUCAGCGUGCUGCAUUUGCCAAAUUUCCCGAUCUUAAACUGUUUGCACUGACAAACGUUGGUAAUGUUGAUACGCGCGAGAAACUGAUUAAACAUUUCGGUGCAUUGGACGCUAAGAAUUUACGAGAAAUUGCCUGCUACUUAAAUCUAAUUCCCGAUCAACUGGAAAGUCCAUUCGAUUGGCAUCGUGUGGAUGACAAUUUUCUGCGAGAACUUUUGAUAUCACGACACGAACGGCGCGUAUCGCAAUUGGAUGCGUUGAAUGAAAUGCCGCUAUAUCCCACAGACGACAUUAUUUGGGACGAAAAUAUUGUGCCAACCGAAUACUUUUCGGGAGAGGGCUGUCUAGCUUUACCGAAGCUUAACUUGCAGUUUCUUACGUUGCACGAUUAUUUGCUGAGGAAUUUCAAUCUAUUCCGCUUGGAAUCGACAUAUGAAAUUCGCCAGGACAUAGAAGACGCAGUCAGCAGAAUGCUGCCUUGGAAAUCGGAAGAAGAUGAAGUCGUUUUCGGAGGAUGGGCUCGAAUGGCUCUACCCAUAGCAUCAUUUGCUGUCGUUGAAGUGUCCAAACCACAUAUAGGCGAAAAGAAGCCAUCUCGUGUCAGAGCCGACGUAUCCGUCACACUAAGUGUUCGGCGCGACAUACAAGAGGAAUGGGAAAAUCUGCGAAAGCAUGACGUGUGCUUCCUAAUAACUGUUAGACCGACCCAACCAAUUGGAACGCGAUACAAUCAUCGUGAACCGUUUAUACCGCAAGUAGGUUUGGUGAAUGUUCGCGGAUGUGAAAUUGAAGGCAUGCUGGAUGCAAACGGUCGGGUGAUUGAAGAUGGACCAGAUCCGCGUCCACAGCUGGUCGGAGAGCAACGGACUUUCCGAGUAUGGUUGGAUUGUAAUCAAUAUCGAUUGGAUAUGGAGGCACUGCAUAAAGGUGCUGAUGAUGCGUACGAAGAGUUCAACAUAAUCAUGAGACGAAAGCCGAAAGAGAACAAUUUCAAAGCGGUCCUGGAAACAAUUCGACAUUUGAUGAACACCGAAUGUGUGGUGCCGUCUUGGUUGCAUGAUAUUUUGCUCGGUUAUGGAGAUCCGGGAUCCGCUCAUUACACAAGGAUGCCAAAUCAAGAGAAAACGUUGAAUUUUAACGACACUUUUUUGGACACUAAACAUUUAAUUGAAAGUUUCCCGGAUUACGAAGUGCGUUUUACCACCAACGACGAGUCGCAAUUGGUUCGGCCAUUUAAACUUAAAUUCGAAGACGUAGUGGAGCGUUCUGGUGAUGACGACAUGGACGACGAAGAUGAUGAUGAUGAAAAGUCACUGCCCAAGGUCAUUAAUGUUGAACCGUAUAUCUUCAGCAAUCGCGGUCCGUAUGUUUACGAUGAACCAAAAAAGAACGCCAUUCGUUUUACACCAACUCAGAUCGAGGCAAUUCGGGCUGGCAUGCAACCGGGUUUAACGUUAGUAGUGGGACCUCCAGGAACUGGUAAAACAGAUGUUGCCGUUCAGAUCAUCUCGAAUCUCUAUCACAACCAUCCGAACCAGCGGACACUUAUCGUGACACACUCCAAUCAGGCGUUGAAUCAAUUGUUUGAAAAAAUUAUGGCAUUGGACAUUGACGAACGACAUUUACUUCGUCUGGGUCAUGGUGAAGAGGCCCUGGAAACGGAAAAGGACUAUAGCAGAUAUGGACGCGUGAAUUACGUCUUGGCAAAACGUUUAGAUCUACUUAACCAAGUGCAGAAGCUUCAAGAUUCGUUGAAAGUGUCAGGCGAUGUGUCGUACACGUGCGAAACAGCUGGAUACUUUUAUUUGUACCAGGUUGUGGCACGCUGGGAGAAAUUUCUUAGCGAAAUCAGUCAGCUGGCGGAUAAUUACACACCGAAUCUGUUUGCCGAAAAAUUUCCGUUCUCGCAAUUCUUCGAUAACACGACCGAACCGCUUUUUAAAGGGCAGUCGUAUGAUGAUGAUCUAAAAGUGGCGAACGGCUGCUUCAGUUACAUUUCGAAAAUAUUCACCCAACUGGAAGAGUUUCGAGCUUUUGAAUUGCUGCGCAGUGGUCUGGAUCGAUCCAAGUAUUUGCUGGUGAAAGAAGCAAAAAUCAUUGCCAUGACAUGUACGCAUGCAGCACUGAAACGUAAAGAACUGGUCAACAUGGAAUUCAAAUACGACAACAUCCUGAUGGAAGAAUCGGCUCAGAUAUUGGAAAUCGAAACGUUCAUUCCAUUGCUGCUGCAAAAUCCUUUAGACGGCUACAAUCGACUGAAACGUUGGAUUAUGAUUGGAGAUCAUCACCAAUUGCCUCCUGUCAUUAAGAAUAUGGCGUUCCAGAAGUAUUCCAACAUGGAACAGUCACUUUUCACCCGAUUAGUCCGAUUGGGCGUGCCAACAGUCGAUCUAGAUGGUCAGGGUCGUGCCAGAUCCAGCAUUUGUGAGUUGUACAAAUGGCGGUACAAGAAAUUGGACGACUUGAAUCACAUUAGGGAGAAAAUGGAGUACAAGGUAGCCAAUUCGGGCUUCGUAUACGAUUACCAGCUGAUCAAUGUGGAAGAUUUCAAUGGGGUGGGCGAAUCCGAACCGAAUCCGUUCUUUUAUCAGAAUUUGGCCGAAGCUGAAUACAUUGUCGCAGUGUUCAUGUACUUGAGACUCCUCGGAUAUCCAGCCGAGAAAAUCUCGAUUUUAACAACGUACAAUGGCCAAAAGCAUCUGAUUCGCGAUGUUAUCAAUUCAAGGUGUGGCGAAAAUCCACUGAUCGGUCGACCAUCUAAAGUUACGACCGUGGACAAAUAUCAAGGUCAACAGAACGAUUUCAUUUUAAUUUCGUUGGUUCGAACCAAAGCGGUCGGCCACUUCCGGGACGUGCGACGUCUGGUUGUGGCAAUGAGCCGAGCUCGUUUGGGAUUGUACGUGUUCGGACGGGCGUCACUGUUUCGUAACUGCUUCGAACUGCAGCCGGUGUUCAAAUUGUUCAUGAACCGACCGCAAGAUUUGCACUUGCUACCAGACGAGACCUAUCCAACAGAUCGUUUAGCAUCAGAGGAAAUCAAAAGCACCCCGCUGGUAGUAAAGAACAUGACCCAGAUGGCCGAUUUCACAUUUAAAUUGUACAUGCAAAAAGUCGAAUCAAUGAAGGAGGCAAUGGCAUCCUGCAAAGAUGUGUACGAAAAAAUUCCCACCGAAGACGAUGUUGAAAUGGCCGAAGAACCAGUCACAAUACCAACAGCCAAAAAGCAACGGGAAAACAAACCGGCUGAAAAGAAGGAAUUCGUUCCGACCACCAUACGCAACGAGAUCGAUAUCGAUGUAUCGAUGUUGGAGCGAAAGGAAUCGGAGCAAGGGAUCGAGCAAGGGACUGAAAGCAACCAAAUGGCUGAAGAGUGACGGGACCACGUAUAUGAUGUUUGCUUGAUUCUGUUCAAUAAAGAAAUUGAUUGACAGUGAAAA